AUGGUUUACCUCCAGCAUGUUAUGUCAGGAGCACUGGCAUCCAACACCACCGAGCAUCUCACACAGCCCAUCAUGAAGCUGCUCACCUCCGCUCUCCUGCUCGGCUCGCUUGCCACUCAGACCAUCUUUGGCUACCCAGGAGCUCAGAUCGUCAAGCGAGAUGUUGACUCCUUCAUUUCUACUGAGACCCCCAUCGCCCUCAGGGAGUUACUCUGCAACAUCGGACCGAACGGCUGCCAUGCCCAAGGUGUGAGCUCCGGUAUUGUUAUUGCUUCUCCGGACAAAGUAGACCCUCCGUACUCCGGUCUUGUCUUCAAGGCUAUUGUAGACAUCUUUACAAACAGCUAUGACGCAAAUCUCCAGACCAACAUUCAGAACUACAUCGCUGCUCAGGCUCGUCUUCAGGGGGUUUCGAACCCUUCGGGAGGUCUUGGCGACGGCCAGGGUCUUGGCGAGCCCAAGUUCGAGGUAGACUUGAGGGCUUAUACUGGUGAUUGGGGGCGACCUCAGAGGGACGGCCCGGCGUUGCGAGCGGUUGCCAUCAUCGGUUACGCCAAGUGGCUGGUGGCUAAUGGCUACUCUUCCACUGCCUCGUCGGUCUUGUGGCCCGUUAUCCGCAACGACCUGAACUACGUUGCCCAGUACUGGAACCAGACCGGCUUCGAUCUCUGGGAGGAGGUUCAGGGGAGCUCCUUCUUCACUGUCGCCAGUCAGCACCGCGCACUUGUUGAGGGUAGUGCGUUGGCUCGCUCGCUGGGUCUGUCUUGCAACGCUUGCGAUGCCGUUGCACCCCAGGUUCUUUGCUUCUUGGGUAGAUUCUGGAAUCCUGCUGGCAACUAUAUGGUGGCCAACAUCAACGGAAACGGAAGAUCUGGUCGUGAUGCCAACGUCAUCCUCGCUUCCAUCCACAACUUCGACCCCGCCGCGGCCUGCGACGCAGCAACCUUCCAACCAUGCAGUGACAAGGCUUUGGCUAGCCACAAGGUUGUCGUGGACUCGUUCCGCACCAUUUAUGUACUCAACAACGGAAUCGCGCAAUCUGCAGCCAUCGCGGUGGGAAGAUAUCCUGAGGAUAGCUACUACGGUGGCAAUCCUUGGUACCUCAACACCCUCGCCGCCGCCGAGCAGCUGUACGACGCCCUUUACGUCUGGAAGCAGCAAGGGUCCAUCACCGUCACUCAAACCUCCCUUGCCUUCUUCCGUGAUCGUCUUGGCUCCGUCGCUCCUGGGACCUACGCCUCCGGCUCAUCGACCUACACUUCUCUCAUCAACGCUGUGAGCGCCUAUGCCGACGGAUUCAUGAACAUCGUCGCGACCUACGCCCAGACCAACGGCUCGCUUGCCGAGCAGUUCUCGCGCAGCAAUGGCCAGCCUCUGUCGGCCGAUGAUCUGACCUGGUCCUAUGCCGCGUUCCUCACCGCCGCUCAACGUCGUGCCAAUGUUAUCCCCAAGGGCUGGGUGGGCUCCGCGACAUCUGUCCCAGGCACUUGCCAGGCCACCUCCAUUGCCGGAUCCUACUCCAGCGUCACAGCGGUCUCUUUUCCCGCCAACCAGACACCCCAGACCAACGUGCCCACCAGUACGCGUAACACGGCGACUCCAACUGCCACUGGCUGCCCAAUUGCGAGCUCCGUGCUCGUCACCUUCAAUGCCCGUGUCGUGACGCAGUUCGGACAGACUGUCAAGCUUGUUGGUAACAUUCCUUCGCUCGGAAACUGGAACCCAAGCAACGCUGUCACUUUGAGCGCUUCGGGAUACACCUCUGCCAACCCCGUCUGGUCUGUGACAGUUGAGCUGCCGGCCGGUCAGGCUAUUCAGUACAAGUACAUCAACGUCGCCAGCAGCGGCACGGUUACUUGGGAGAACGACCCCAACCGCAGCUAUACCGUCCCGUCGUCUUGCGCGACCUCGGCCACCAAGUCUGACUCUUGGCAGGGCUAG